AUGCGCAGGUUACUGCGUGGAAAGGGGGCGCUUUACAUUGAAUAUGCUUUGGUGUUCAAGAAUCUGAUGUUCAGCCAGGCUGUUCAACAGCAUAUCCAUAGCAAACUCAUCAAAGAUGGAAAUGCAAUCUGUAACUCCGCACCAAGCAUGGAAGCAAUCCCGUACGAAGCGGUCGACCCGACCUCAGCAUCCACACCAGCAGGGUCCAACAUCAACAUGCGCGCUGGCGCGGUUGUUGACGGCCUUUUGCAGUUUAGCAGGAUCCAGCCCGACCACAACCUCGUGUCGCUCUCUGCCACGACGCCAACACCCAGCACCAUCGGAGAUGGCGGCCCGGUUACUGACUCGCCAAUUGCGGCCAGUGAGUCCAGAAUUCCCGAGACAGAGCUGGUCAAGAGAAAGAAGUCUAGCGGGGCGUUGGCCAGGACGGCAUGA